AGACCCCGUUGCGACGGCUUGAGACACAUGUGGUGUUGAACUUGAUGCGCUCCCGGAGGCCAGAUGCCGGUCCUAUCAGUGAUGGAACGAUAUUCGUGUGCACCGCAUGGUUAUAGUAGGGAUAAGUGUGUCUGGCCCGUUAUCUUCUCAUAUUCGGAGAGGGCUUUCAGUCGUCUUGCAGCAAGGGCUGGUCCCGAUAUAUGGCUUGCCUCUUAACCAAAUCAGUAGUGUAAAAAGAGAAUUUCCUGAUUCUUUUGCGCUCUACCUUCCUCUUCAGCAAAAAAACGGGCGUCAGAUGGUGGACAGGCCUUGCAGUUUGCCUCUGCCAUCCCGCUUCUCCGCAUUUCGUCUAUCACAUCCUAUUUAUGGUGGCGAGGACGAGCUUCCGUUAUGGUUCGAAAGGGGGAUAGUGAGGGCGUCGUUGCCCCUGCAUAGCUGGGAUCAAACGGGUGUAGUUUGGUCAAUUGGUCCGAAUUGCAUAUCAAAUUCACGCUUGGCCAUACAUGUGCCGGGAUGCGCAGCCCCACCUCGAACGGGUGCUGUGAAACAUUCAGUGCUCAUCCUUCAUGUCUCGAGGCCGAGGAUGCGUGGACUUGUCGGGCAGUUCGGAUAGCAAGAGCUUGACGCGUGGGCAGGCGGGCAGGCGGGCAGGUGGUGCCAGUAACGGCACAUGCAGCGGAAGUAGCAUGGCUGCGAUUUGAUUGCUAGCCGCGCUGUCCGAUGGUUGGUUGCGGGAACGCAUCUGUUAGUGGAGAGGGGUCGGCUGGCGGCAUGUAGCCAAGACGCACUGGGAGAAAGAUGGACAAGAAGAGCGAAGAAGAUGCAUAUCGCGUGCAGCCGCCUCAAUGGCGAGGGGUCUUGUAGCGCGUAAGGGUCGAUGACUUGAGCACUUC